GGAGGGGAUACUCAGAGAAGCAGACAGAUUUACUCCGUUUCACUUCUUGUCUUGAGACUCUUGCGGUGCACAGGGAGCGACAACGGUUGAACUCCAACCAUGGGCAACACUGAUAACUAUGACACUUUUCUCCGUCUGCUCAACUAUAGUGACAACUCAAGUGACCCAUCCUACACAGUCAGUGAGUUCGUCCAAUUCUGCCCCAAGGCUGAUGUCAACCAGUUUGGUGCUAAAUUCAUGCCACUCUUUUACUAUAUCAACUUUGUUUUAAGUUACUUGGGAAAUGGGCUUAUUCUAGUCAUCAUCUACAAGUUUGAGAAGCUUAGCACAGUGACAAACAUCUUCCUCCUCAAUUUGGUCAUGUCAAAUAUCCUUUUUGCCUCCAGUCUUCCCUUCUGGGCGAUGUACUAUUCGUCGGAGUGGAUAUUUGGCACGGUGAUGUGUAAAAUGGUCAGCAGUGCCUACUUUGUUGGCUUUUACAGUUCCAUCCUCUUCCUUAUACUCAUGACAUUUGAUCGGUAUCUUGCCGUGGUGCACGCUGUGACGGCUGCCAGGGAAAGGAAAAAGGCCUACGCUAUUGGUGCAUCUGGAGCAGUUUGGUGCAUCAGUGUUGUAGCCAGUAUGACGGAGCUGGUUCUACAAAAUGUGUGGGAACAUCCGAUCUAUGGGCUGAUGUGUGAGGAGACAGGGUUUUCUAUCAGCACCAUGAACCGUUGGCAUCUGGUCAGCUAUUACCAACAAUUCCUACUUUUCUUCCUUCUCCCUCUCUUCGUGGUGAUGUACUGCUACAUCAGCAUCACUAUCAGGAUUAUGUCAACUCAAAUGAAGGAGAAAUGCCGUGCUAUCAAACUCAUAUUCAUCAUCAUCAUAACCUUCUUCAUUUGCUGGACGCCCUUUAAUGUAGUCAUCCUCCUCCGGGCAAUUCGCAUCUCUGCCGGCAACGAGAACAGAUGCGCAGAGAUGCAGGCGCUGGACUUUGCUCUUUAUGUGACACAGAAUAUAGCCUACCUGUACUGCUGCAUCAGCCCUGUCUUCUACACGUUUGUGGGCAAGAAGUUCCAGAGCCACUUCCGGAGGUUGCUGGUAAAGAAGAUCCCCUGUCUGAAAAGACAGAUUAGUCUUAAUAGCCAGAGCAGUAGGACCACCUCAGUGAGGACACCCCAUAAAGUCCAUGAGUACUAGACAGAGAGAAACACACACAUCAUCAGCAUACACACCAGACUGGUGAGCGCUGCUGCAUAUCUUAGAUGACCAGAAGAAGAAAGACGGGAGUCCAUGUUGCCAGUUGAUCUGACACCACCUGAGGGGUCUUAUUUGUAUAAAGUCUGUCCCGUAGUCCCAGCUCAUUAGAAAAUGUCCGCUAUUCGCAAGUACUUCUUGAUCAAAUAUUUCCACACAUAUUUUACUGUUGUGCUGUAUUGCCUUAUGGAAGCUAUUUUUAAAUAUGAGGAACAAAGCCUGUCCUGCAGUGGAAUCAUUUCCCCCUUUUUUUGUUGCAAAUCUGUGAAGUUACACAAAUUACAGUCAUAAAAGUGUUAACUUUGGGACGUUUGUAACCAUCAUUUUUUCAUUUCAUCUUAUUGUACAUAGUUUGGAUGUUAUGAUUUUAUUUUCAGUGUACCUGUAAAAUCACCUGCUAGUUAAUCACAAGCUGUAAAUAAAAAGCAAAAAAAACAAAAAUCGAAUGUAAUUCCAGUAUCAGCUGAUAACAAUCCACCAUUACUAAAGUGACAUCUUUAGGUUUUUAUAAAACUAAGGAUACAUUUUAUUCUACAGUCAGACCAUAAAGACCAUUUUACUACCACUUCCUGCUUAUAAAUCAUGCUAUUACACUUGCUGUGCCAUGUCACAUACUGAACUAUGAUUUCAAGCAUACAUACAUAGAUACACACACACACACACACACACACACACACACAUAUAUAUAUAUAUAUAUAGACAGGACAUGAAAGCAGGGCAGGCUAAGCUAACUGCUAGCCCAUGCAGACUAGCAGUUCCGGCAGUCACCCCGGCUGGCGUUUGUUUCCCUUGGACAGUGAUUUUUUUGCUUAGUGUGGAUAUACGUAUGUGUUAGUUUGGAUAUGUGUGUUAGUUUGGAUAUGUGUGUUAUUGUGGAUAUGUGUGUUAGUGUGGAUAUGUGUGUUAGUUUGGAUAUGUGUGUUAGUGUGGAUAUGUGUGUUAGUGUGGAUAUGUGUGUUAGUGUGGAUAUGUGUGUUAGUUUGGAUAUGUGUGUUAGUUUGGAUAUGUGUGUUAGUGUGGAUAUGUGUGUUAGUGUGGAUAUGUGUGUUAGUUUGGAUAUGUGUGUUAGUUUGGAUAUGUGUGUUAGUGUGGAUAUGUGUGUUAGUUUGGAUAUGUGUGUUAGUGUGGAUAUGUGUGUUAGUGUGGAUAUGUGUGUUAGUUUAGAUAUGUGUGUUAGUUUGGAUAUGUGUGUUAGUGUGGAUAUUUGUGUUAGUUUGAAUGUGGGUGGUCUUUUAGUUUUUGGUUGUGUUUUUGUGUUUGUGUUGUAUUGCUGUGGGCUGGGGAAAACGGCAUUUUGUUUUAUGUCAUGUGCACAAGUAGAUGAAAUGAAAUGACAAAUAAAGUGUUCCUGAU